CCAUAUGAUGCUUUACCGACUAGAGGUGUCAGCGGGGCUGGGGGGGCCCUGGCCACGACACGGCCGGUGUUUGAGCCCUUCCGACCCGCGGGGUGACAGGCAGACCCGUGGGGAUGUCCCAGCGCUCAGUGGAGAGCGGAGAGAGGUUCGGGUUCUGCUUUGAGGUGUGUGGCUCCGACCCCGCUCCCUGGAGAUGCAGCCAUCCUGUCCCUCGCCAUCGAUAAAUGCUCGUUGCGAGGUGUCCCAAAGCCACAGCUCUGCGAUGGACACGUCCGUCCCUGGCCGGGGGGAUGCGGGCCCCGCUUCCCCUGCAGCCCCGCGCCGGGCACUCACUGCAGCGGGGCCGCCCGCCCCGCACCGGGUUCGCCGCAUGGCUCCUCCGCCGGGACAACGGGCCCGGGGCACCGCCGCUGCUGCGAGUGAUGUGCUGUCCCGGCGGGGAAAUGCAUCCUGAAUGGGGCUGAGCCCCCCUGCAAGGGAAUAUGCAGCGUCGGUGCCGCGGGAGCAGCAUUGGGGCAGCGGCCGGCGGCCGGCGGGAUGGUGGCAACCUUCAAGAUCGCCGUGCUGGGAGCUCAGGGCGUGGGCAAGAGUGCCAUAGUCCGGCAGUUCCUCUACAACGAGUUCAGCGAGGUCUGUGUGCCCACCACGGCCCGUCGCGUCUACCUGCCCGCCGUCGUCAUGAACGGCCACGUGCACGACCUGCAGAUCAUGGACUUUCCGCCCAUCCCCGCCUUCCCCGUCAACACCCUGCAGGAGUGGGCAGACGUGUGUUGCAGGGGGCUCCGGAGUGUCCAUGCCUACAUCCUGGUCUAUGACAUCUGUUGCUUUGACAGCUUCGAGUACAUCAAAACCAUCCGCCAGCAGAUCCUGGAAACAAGGGUCAUCGGCACCUCGGAGACCCCCAUCAUCAUCGUGGGCAACAAGAGGGACCUGCAACGGGGCCGGGUGAUCCCGCGCUGGAACGUCUCCAACCUGGUGAAGAAGACGUGGAAGUGCGGCUACAUCGAGUGCUCGGCCAAGUACAACUGGCACAUCCUGCUGCUCUUCAGUGAGCUCCUGAAGAGUGUGGGCUGCGCCCGCUGCAAGCACGUCCACACCACCAUUCGCUUCCAGGGGGCCCUGCGCAGGAACCGAUGCACCAUCAUGUGAGCCCCCCAUGCCACCCCGCCCCCCACAGGACACCCGUUUCCAUUGGGGUGAUGCUGCACUGGGGACACCUCAAUUGUCUCUUCCCUACAAUGACUUUUGAGGAUGCAGUGACUGCUGUUGGGUUGGACCAGGGUGGAGAUUCUACAGUUGUCCAUUGAGUACCAAUGGGGCUCUGCUACUCUGCACAGCAGAGCCUCUUGUGGGCAGCCACGUUGUCCCACAGACCUCACAUCCCCACAUUAGGGUUCCUCACUGCAUCGCCUCCAUGGGCUCUUGCUGAUUGGUGUCCAUCCUGGCCAGUCUGAUUUGAUUUCCCUUCCCCAAAAGUGCUCUUUCCACUCCUACCAGCUCCCUUCCCUCCAAGUCUCAUCCUCACCCCAUAUACCCCAGCCCCACAGAGGCUGUGCAGGACAUACCCUUGGUUUCAGGGGCAAAGCUGCUGCCGUGAACACUGGGCACAGCUCAGCAUCUGAAAUAUAGAUCUACAGUGGAUUUGGCCCCAGCAGGGCCUCCCCCAGGGGAAGGUGGCAUCCAUCCAUCCAUCCAUCCAUCCAUCCAUCCAUCCAUCCAUCCAUCCAUCCGGAGAUGGUUCCCAUGCAAAGGCAGUCUCCGAAGCAAUAGGGAGCUGGAGGUGCAUUUCCAUCCUUUUAUUCUUCAUUCUAUGCACACUCCUAAUGGGAAAGUGAGCCUUUUUUUCUUUAUUUAUUUACUUCGAGUUAAUCUUUUGGCUUGCUCUCACUGUCAGGUCAUCCACACCUGUCCUGGAGCCUGGCACAGCGGUUGCUGGGGCACAAAUGGCACAGGGGUCUGUGGGUUGUCUAGUGGGGACACUAAAGCAGGAACCAACCAAAAUCCACUAUCUCCUCCCACUCACAGCUUCAGCUUCCCAGGAGCUACACUGCUAUCCUGGUAACACUUUCUAUUAAGAGUCCCCCCUCACUGAGCUCCAAUCCAUGGUAUUCAGCACAGCCCUGCACCUCUGCCAUCGGCCCCCACUCUAUCCCUGCCAUCGGUCCCCACGUCCCCACCACUGGUCCCCAAUCCUAGCAGCCACCUUGGGAUCUAAAACCCAUUCCAUUGCAUCCCAAAACAAAACACAGUUAAACCAAAACCAGGAAAGUUGGCAAGAGGGAGCCUGUGGCCAAGAGCUGGGGGAGAGGAUGAGUGUGGCCAUUGAAGGCAGCAGCCUCCAUCACCCCCACAGCAAACCCUCUGUGCAUCUCUUUGGGGUUUCUCAGCACACACGACCCAUAUUUUGGCCUCUUGCUGGCUUUACCCCUCCAAAUGGUUUGAGAAGGAAACUCCUUGGUAAAUGCCACUAAUAAAGCAUUUAUACAGUACUCCGACAUACACAUA